GAGUCUUUGAAGAGGUGACUUUGUAUUUCACCCAAGAAGAUUGGAAUCCCCUGGGUCGUAAAGGGCUUUCCAUAAGGAGUCAUGAUGAAGAACUGUGGCAGUAUGACACCUCUGGGUGGAAAUUGUUAGCACUGGCCUAGCACAGGCAGUCCCUGAGUUACGAACAUCCGACUUGCGUGCGACUCGUACUUACGAACGGGCACCAGACCACAUCCAAAGUGUACUGCAUAGUGUUCCAGUAAUUGUAACGCUGCCGCACUUGUUGUUUUCACCCUGCAACAAUGCCUCCGAAAUACAAAUCUGAUGGAACUGCUGGUACUCCAGCCAAGAAAAGAAAAACCAUCACCAUGGGACAUAAAGUAGAAAUAAUAAAGAGAGCAGAGAGAGGCGAAACUCCGUCAUCCAUUGGCAAAGCAUUUGGUUACAGUCGUUCAACGAUUGCAACCAUUUUAAAAGACAAAGCUAGAAUAAUGGAGCAUGUGAAAAGCCAUGCCCCAAUGAAUGCUACGAUUAUUACCAAGCAGCGCAGUGGUUUAAUUAUCGAGAUGGAAAGGCUGUUGACAGUUUGGAUAGAAGUCCAAAAUCAGCGUAAUCUGCCUAUCAGUCUUCCUUUAGUGCAAGAAAAGGCUCGAAGCCUUUUCAAUGAGUUAAAAGCUGCUCGAACAGCAUGUGUAGGCAAUUGCAAUGAAGAAUUUGCUGCAAGCAGGGGUUGGUUCUGUCGCUUUAAAGAAAGAGCAAAUUUGCAGUAUAUUAAAGUUCAAGGCGAAGCAGCGAGUGUUGAUGUAAAUGCUGCAAGUGGUUUCACCAAGAUAUUGGAAGAUGUUAUUAAGGAUGGAGGUUAUUUGCCAGACCAAAUUUUUAAUGUAGCUGAAACUGGCUUGUUGUGGAAAAAAAUGCUUGAGAGGAUCUACAUUUUGAAAGAGGAAAACAGUGCACCGGGUCAUCAGGCAUCAAAGGACAGGCUAACGUUAUUACUUGGGAGUAAUGCAUCUGGAGAUUUAAAGCUCAAGCCUUUGGUAGUGCAUCACUCUCUAAAUCCGAGGGCGCUUCUGAAUGUCACUAAGACAUCUCUUCCUGUUAUUUGGAGGGCAAAUCCAAAGGCUGGGGUUACUGCUGCGGUCUUUCAAGAAUGGUUUUUAGACCAUUUUGUCCCUGCUGUUGAACUUUAUUGCUUGGGCAAAAGCAUUCCUUUCAAAAUUCUCCUUCUCCUUGACCAUCAUUCCCCAGGACAUCGAAACAUUUCAGGCGACGUUCAUCCCAAUGUAAAGGUGGCAUUUCUACCCGCCAAUACCACAUCACUCCUGCAGCCAGUGGAUCAGGGUAUCAUAGCCUCCUUUAAGGCCCAUUAUUUACAGAGGGCAUUCUCCCAGGCUGUCAGAGCUGCCCAAAAGGGUGAGAUGACUUUAAAGGAGUUGUGGAAGAACUAUAGCAUUCAUGAUGCCAUCAAAAAUAUUGCUGGUGCUUGGGAUGAAGUGAAAGAGACAACCAUGAAAGGAGCUUGGGAGAAAUUGUGCCCCCAAUUCAAACAAGGAUUUCUUGAGAGUAUAGAUGAUGAAAUUGCCGAAACCAGGCAAGCUGUGGUUGCAAUUGGCAAUGAAUUGCAGCUGGGCAUCAGUGAAGAUGAUAUCAUAGAGUUGCUCGACUCCCCGGGCAAAGAACGAACCAAUGAAGUAAACCUUAUGGACCUAGAGCAGCAGAUGAUACCAUUUGCGGAAGAAACCCCGUACCUAGAAACUUCAACAUUGAAAAAGUUUUCUACCAAAAAAUUAGCUGAUGCUUUUUGUCUCAUUGAAGCAGGAAUGGCAAAGUUAGAGGAGCAAGACCCUGAUGCAGCGAGGUUUGCCAAAGCUUACUGUGCGGUUACUGACAGCCUGAAAUGCUACAAAGCUAUUUAUGCCGAGAAAAAGAAAAGCUGUGUGCAAGCCCUCUUUCAAGCCCCCUGCAAUAUACAGACUCCGGCAGCAGACUCUGACUCUGACUCUGUAAUAUGAGUCCCAUUCUCUACCAAGAUAGUUUAAGGUUGUACUGUAUCAUAUUUGAAAAUGUCUAAGUAUUUACAUGCACAGGUAAUAAAUAAAUAUUAUGUUAAGGCAAA